UGAGGAAGGUGAAGUUCCACCCAGUCCUCCACACAAAAAGUCUCGUGCUCAGUCGGUUGACAAAUCACCUGCUAAUGGCGGGUCAAAAGAGCGAAAGGAGGCGACGGCGACCAUUGCGAAAGAGGUUAAGGAUGAUAAAAAAGAUUUCAAAGAGCCCAAGGAGAAGCGAGAAGAGGAAAAGAAGGAAACGCGAACGAAAAGGGAUGCAACGCCAUCGAAGAAAGAGGAGCCUGCGAGGGAUAUGGACAGGCGGAAGGAUCGAGGUCUCGAUGAUGAGGAAAUCGGACCAGCGUUACCACCAACAAUGAGAGAGGACCGAACGGAUGAUCGAAAACGCGACCAGAAAGCUCACAAAAGAUCCGCUCGAGAUGAGGAGCAGAAUGGGCAUUCAAAAGUUGCGCGAAAGGACCGUGAUCAGAUCGAAUCAAGAUUAUCCCGACUGUGUCACAUGAGCGCAGAGCCCCGUCACCUGUACGAGAAAAGGAGAGGCGAGAUGAAAAGAAAGAUAGGCGGAAAGAUAGUAAACCAGUGCGUAAGUAGAUGGAUGAAAUCAGCGGCUACACUCCGUUAUUCGUUACCUCAAACUGUUAAAUGA